CAUUAUAACUAAAAAAGAAGAAGUUCUAGUUCAGAGCAAAAGGUUCCACUGCUGCUUCGGAACCAUGAAGCUUCUGGGUCGAACCGGAGCCGCCCUGCUGCUCGGAGCCGCGGUGGGCCGCCUGCUGAGCUGCAGAACCAGAACCGAGGAGGAAGUGGGUCUGCUGGGAUGGGUUCCGGUGCUCCCGGUACCGGAGCCUCUGACCGUCCGAGCCUCCGAGCUCAGCGUGAGUCCAGGUAAUUCUGGAGCUGUGAUGAAGUACGGCUUCCCCUCUUUGGCCAACAUCAAGUCCAGGGAGUCCUAUGUCACAUCCUACGAUCCUCGCACACGCACUGCAUCCUGGGUAAUAGAGCGGCUGGACCCCGCCUCCCUGAAAGGACCGUCAGACAGGAAGUUCUGCGAGUUCAAAGAGGACGACAGCAUCCACAUCUUCCACAGAGCCACCAACGCCGACUACAGGGGGAGUGGCUUCGACCGCGGCCACCUGGCUGCUGCAGCCAAUCACAAGUGGAGUCAAAAGGCCAUGGAAGACACCUUCUACCUGAGCAACGUGGCUCCACAGAACCCUAACCUGAACCAGAACACGUGGAACAAUCUGGAGAAGCUGUGCCGCUCCCUGACCAAACACUACCUCAACGUGUAUGUGUGCACUGGGCCGCUCUACCUGCCCAGGCAGGAAGAUGAUGGGAAGCUGUACGUGAAGUACCAGGUGAUUGGGCGGAAUCACGUUGCCGUGCCUACACAUUUCUUCAAGGUGCUGAUUCUGGAGCAGACCGACGGCAAGGGGGUGGAGCUUCGCUCCUACGUUCUCCCAAAUGAACCCAUCGAUGAGAAGGUUCCUCUUGAACGUUUCCUGGUUCCAAUAGAAACCAUUGAGCGUGCGUCUGGACUCCUGUUUGUCCCAAACAUCAUGAGGAGGACCGGCAAGCUGCAGGCUAUCAGCAAUAAGUGAACUACAGUACCCACAAUCCCCUGCUGCACUCACUAAGCAUGGAGGCCCAUUCUUGGACUUGUUUCUUAUUAAAGUCAUCUGAUUGAAAGUGUGCAGUCGGGUCAUUGGUGGGUUCUGCUGGGUUUCAGGUUCUGGGUUCCAGUGGGAGGAGCCUGUGAGCAAAGGAAGGCUUGAGGCACUAAACAGCACAGUGGAAGCUGUUCCACAGCAGGGGGAGGGGCCCAUCUGCCUUGACCCGGCUGAUGAGAGUCACCCCAAGAAAGGCCCCGGGCCCCGAUAACAUGCCAGGGUGGGUGUGCAGGUAGUUCUUACAAACAGACAGUAAAAGUCGUCUAAGUGAUGGUGCUGAUCAGACCCGAACGCCUCAACCAGGAAACACAUUUAAU